AUGAGUAAAGAUGUUAUGGCGCGAUUUCUCAACAAGAGGAAAGCGGAUGAAAUUGGAUCAUCUUCCGAUUUUGUUGAUGUGAAUGAUCUUCCCUCGGAUCCUCAUGAUCGCAAGGCGAUAGCAUCAUACAACGUGAAUCAACGAGAUGAUGUUAGAAGGGCAUACCUACUAAGAGGACCAUGUCAACCAACGGGUAUUAAAUAUCCAACAUCAACGUUUCAAGGUAAAGAGUUGAGAAAAUUCAAACAAGAAUGGUAUGACCGAAAGGAAUACAAGGGAUGGUUAGAGUAUAGUAUAAAAUCGGAUCGUGUGUUUUGCUUAUGUUGUUACUUGUUUAGGUCCGAAUUUGGUGAUCAUAGAGACACAUUUGUUUUGAACGGGUAUAACAAUUGGAAAAAAGUACAUGAGGUACUUACAAAACAUGUUGGGUUAGUUAAUAGUGCCCACAACAAAUGUUUCCAAAAGUGUGCCGAUUUACUUAACGAAAAGCAAGUGGUAAACACACAAUGGGACAAAAGGACCCCUAAGGAGAAACGUGAUUACAAACUUAGAUUAAGUGCUUCUACUUUGCUUGGAAAAAGGUUGUUGAAUGGCGGUUUGGCGUUUCGUGGUCAUGAUGAGUCAAAAGAUUCAUUAAAUAAAGGAAAUUUUUUAGAGCUUUUAGAACUAAUGGGUGAAAUGAAUGAAGAGCUUGGUAAGGUUAUCUUAGAGAAUGCACCGGCGAAUAACCAAAUGACUAGUCCUAAAAUUCAAGCGGACAUUAAACAUUGUUACGCUCAAGAGGUACUUAAACAAAUUUUUGAAGAUCUUGGUGAUGAUGUUUUUUCUUUAUUAGUUGAUGAAUCAUGUGAUGUUUCAAAAAAAGAACAAAUGGUGGUUGUUAUUCGUUAUGUUGAUAAAGUUGGGAUUGUUAAGGAGCGUUUUAUUGGGCUUGUUCAUGUCAAAGAGACAAGCGCAUUAACACUUAAAUCGGCUAUUGAUGAUAUGUUGGCACGUUAUGGGUUGAGUUUGAAAAGGAUUAGAGGCCAAGGUUACGACGGGGCAAGUAACAUGUCAGGUGAGUUUAACGGCUUAAGAGCUCUUAUUUUAAAGGAAAAUGUUUCGGCUUUCUAUAUUCAUUGUUUUGCACACCAACUUCAAUUAGUUGUUGUGGCGGUGGCACACAAACACACACCUAUUUGGAGAGUAUUUGAAACGAUAACAUGUUUAACAAAUGCCGUUUGUGCAUCUUCUAAGCGACAAGACAUGCUUCGUGAAAGCCAAAGAAGACAAUUGGAAAAAAUAGAAGACGUGCUUUGUACCGGAAGUGGGUUGAAUCAAGAAAUGACACUUUCAAGACCCGGAGAUACACGUUGGAAUUCCCACUAUAAAACGCUUUCGCGUUUGAUUACUUUAUAUCCAAACAUUAUGGAAGUUCUUGGAUGUAUAGUAGAAACGGGUCAAACUCUUCCUUGUAGUAGACAAGCGGACGGACUUCUAGAGGAUAUGAAAAAAUACGACUUUGUAUUUUACAUACACUUGAUGGAGCAUAUUCUAAACGUCACACAUACAUUGUCCCAAUGUCUACAAAGAAAAGAACAAGAUUUGAUGAAUGCGGUUAAAUUGGUUUCUUCCACAAAAAACCAACUUGAAAAGUUUAGGUUGGAAGGAUUUAAUGAGUUCUUGGAGAAGGUUAACUCUUUUUGUGACAUGUAUGAACUUGAGGUGAAAAAUUUAGACGAUGAAUAUAUUAACCCAAGAUGGCCAAGAAGAAAAACGAACAUCUCAAAUCGGCACUAUUACGAGUAUGAUUGCUUCAAUGCGGUUCUAGAUUUGCAAAUUCAAGAAUUUGGGAACCGUUUUAACGAGGUAACAUCGGAACUACUUCUUUGUAUCAGUUGUUUGAGUCCGUGUGAUAAUUUUAGUGCGUUUGACAUUCCAAAUAUACUAAAGUUAGCCGGAAAGUAUCCAUAUGAUUUCGAUGAAGCCGAAAAACGAAGGCUUCCGGUUCAACUCAGAAACUACAUUGAUUUUGUGAAAAAAGAUAAACAAUUCGCCAACUUGGAUGCUUGUUCUCGUAUUACCCGUCGCAACCGCAACCGUUGA